ACAAAACGCUGGAAGCCAUGCCAAUUGUAGUGGCUGCUAUGAUGUUGGAUUAACUUGGAUUAACACUUGGUGCGUUUACUGCCAUGUGUGAAUAUUCCUGAGGAAUGUCUCCACUGACCACCGUCGGUCCAUGCGCCAUGCGCGCAGGGCGCAGCUGGCCUUGGAGAGAGACGUCACAUGCAAAUGCCUGAAUGAAUGGAAGAAGGUCCUCAGGAGAUCCCACACCGGUGGUUCAAAAAACUGUAGCUAUUUCCAUCGUCUUCCUCCGCGGCUCAUCUAUCAGACUCCCGCCGCGCCGACUCGGCCUCUUUCGCCGACACCGACACCACAUAGGAAGGGAACUAUAUGACUGAGCAGCGGCGUGUGGACCUCACACUCACUCACUGAGGUCAAAGUGGGUGGCUCGGCUGUAAAUUUGUGGAUGGGAUGCUGCAGCCUGACCGCCGGUUUCUCCCCUGGUGUCCCUGAGAGGAGAGCGGACCUGGAUGUAAGCAGCUCUGCCAGGAGAGGACUGGCCAUGUCCACUGGAGCGAGAUCAUGACUUUACUGAAUGAGUCAGAUGAGACCUCCCUUCCCUCCUUUCCUCUCUUGUCCUUUGAGCACAAUUUCUCCAUCCUUGUCACCCAUGACCCUUCGUACUCCCCCAUAUCCUUCCCCACCACCUCCUCCUCCUCCUCCUCGCUGACUUCCUCUAACUGUACCAGCUCGCCAUCAGCCUCCUCUCCUCCAUACAACUUCUACGCGGUGCUGCUGGUGCUCCUGAUCUUCUGCGUGGUGUUUGGUAACGUGCUGGUGUGUGUGGCGGUGUCGCGGGAGCGUGCUCUCCAGACCACCACUAACUACCUCAUUGUCUCCCUGGCUGUGUCCGACCUGCUGCUGGCCACGCUGGUCAUGCCCUGGGGCGUCUACAUGGAGGUGGUCGGGGAGUGGCGCUUCAGUCUCAUCCACUGUGACAUCCUGCUCACCCUGGACGUCAUGAUGUGCACCGCCAGUAUCCUCAACCUCUGUGCCAUCAGCAUCGACAGAUACACAGCAGUGGCCAUGCCGAUGCUCUACAACACUAGAUACAGUUCCAGGAGAAGGGUGGCGGUGAUGAUUGCUGUGGUGUGGUUCCUCUCUUUUGCCAUCUCCUGUCCUUUACUGUUUGGACUCAACAACACUGCUAGCCGCGAAGGCACCACAUGCUCCUUUGCAGACCCAGCCUUUGUCGUGUACUCAUCUGUUGCCUCCUUCUACGUUCCCUUCAUUGUAACUUUGCUGGUGUAUGCGCAGAUCUGUGUGGUGCUGCGCAAACGAGGCAGACGCACCGCACCGCCGCGCAGACAUGGCCUCCAUGCUCAAGGCGGGACUGAAGCCGGAGAAGGUCAUCGACACAGGAAGAAUAAGUGUACACAACCAGAGGAUGUGAAGCUGUGUGCCCUGAUCCUGAGGCCCGCCACCGCUGCACCCCAGCGCAAGAAAGUGACGCUAGUGAAGGAAGCAGUGGUCCAUCCCCUCGAGGUGGAGCCGGGUCAGUUCCUGCCACAGACUGAGCAAAGCCUUGCUCCUGCCCCUGCUCCCCAAACUUCCUCCCACUCUGGACGGGCCAGGAUCUCUCUGUCCAUCUCUGUCGGACCCGCCCCGGUUCUUCCCUCAACCGUGACACGAUCGGCCUUGACGCCUCGCCCCCCCACCCUCGAGGAUGGCAUGAGGGGACGUGAGGGAUGGAGGGAGCGCAGCGGAGGCAGAGAGAAAUGGGGGAUCAGCAAGGAGAGGGUGAGAGGGAGGCUGUCACAGCAGAAGGAGAGAAAGGCCACGCAGAUGCUCGCUAUUGUACUCGGUGUGUUCAUCAUCUGCUGGCUGCCCUUCUUCCUGACCCACGUGCUGAGAGCUCACUGCAGGAGCUGCUGUAUCUCACCCUCGCUGUACAGCGCUGUCACUUGGCUGGGAUACCUCAACAGUGCCGUCAACCCUGUCAUCUACACCACUUUCAACAUUGAGUUUCGCAAAGCCUUCAUCAAGAUCCUACAUUGCUGAGAGUCAGAGAGAUGAGAAACGUCAACUGUCAAGAAAACAUAAAGCCUGACGUUUGUUUGAGAGCUGAGGUGUGAGAGAGAGAGAGUGGUGGAGAAAGUAGAAAUAAGUAGGAGCAGUUUUUUAUACACAGGAAGAGGAAGAUGAGACAAUGCACAGGGAUGACUUUUGAGUCAAAGUGGUUCAAGCCAGCUGGAAGAAUAUUAGAGACAAGUGAAAUGUAACGAGCAGCUCAGACAGGGCUGAAGAAAGAGAGAACAUGCGAUAUGGGAGGAAUGAAAACACAUAGAUGAUCACAAAAGAAGGAGUCCAGAAUGUGAGACAAGUAAAAGACAGCUACAAGAAACACAAACAAGCUAGAGAUAUGUAUGGAAAAGGAGACAUGCACUGUGUUAUGUACAUACACUCUGAAAAGGGAAUAUGUUAGGAUUGAGGAUCUCUCCGCAGCAUCCCAACUGAGAGCCCGCUGCACAUAUGUGAGACUCGCUGAGACGUGACUGUUUUUCCAAUUUAUUUGAAGAUUUGUUUGUGUUGGACUCUGGCUGUUGUAUUUUCUUGUAAUCUAGACAAGCAACGUCCUGUUUCUUCUUUGUAUGUGCUCAUUGUUCUCAGAGGACUGGAAUAAGUUAACAUAAGGAUCCAGCACAAAACUUUUAUUUUUAUUCUCAUGCCCAAGGCUCCGAACAUUUUUCACAUUUUUUAACAACCCACUGUUACAUCAAGGUAGAGUUAUUGAUUUGGUGAUUGAUGGCAUAUUGAUGGAAUAUUCAAAAAAAGUAGAGAGUGAAGAGAGCUUUCAUCCAAUGUAAUGUGUACAUUUUUUUGCAUUAAAUAAGUGUGAAUACAUGUAAAAUUUGGUGUUGUAAAUAAUCAUCUUAGUG